CAAAGGAAAUCUAAAAUGGCAAGUAGUGCCAGCAUGGCAACACCAGCCUGUGAAAUGGCCACCCCAAAGCGCAGCAUGUCUAGUGCACGAAUGGCCUCUAGUCGCGGCGAAAACAAAGUGGAAGAAACUGACUGCACUUGGUUGGUGCCGACAGGUAAGAAGCAAAAUAAACGUAGGGAAGAAACAGCAGCCGAGUUCACCCACAAGGUAUCGGUGGCUGUUAAUACCAGCCAAACUCAGAAACCCACGAACUCUUGCUACAGUGUUAUCAUCUGGAAUUUGGAUGAAUCUAAGAACACAGAUGCAGCUGCCCGACAUGCAAUGAUCUGAAAGCGGUUAGCUCCAUAAUCCGGAAAAUACUUCCCGAAAAACAAGUGAAGUUCACGUAAGAAAAGC